AUCGUGACGUAAGACGUCGUGACGCUCCUUGGAGAUUCCCCCGUCAAACUUGACCGAAGAGUUUCCAGGUGUUGUUUUUGAGGAAGUGAAAGCGUGUCGCUGGUGAACAAACGACAUUUUUUAACAGCAACUUGAGUGACCUGGCGUCUUGGCGCUAUAACAACACAACAUGGCUGGAGAAUCUGCAGAGAAGACCCAUCUUGGAGAUUUAGAAGAGAAAGAGGAGAUGUCGAUGGACAGAACAGACGCCAAACCUGACCGCAAGGCAAGGUUUUUACUCUUUGGCAAGAAGAAUAAGGAUGGCCAGACGCGGGAGCAGGAGCACUCUUCGGAAAGCCAUUACAGAAUUGUCUCGCCAACAUUCCAGUAUAAGAUGAGCCACGGGCGAGUGGGCAAGUGCAUCAUCAUCAACAACAAAAACUUUGAUGAAAAGACAGGAAUGAAUGUACGCAACGGGACGGACCGUGACGCCGGCGAGCUGUUCAAGUGCUUCAAGAGCCUGGGCUUCAACGUCUUCAUCUACAACGAUCAGACCUGCGAGAAGAUGGAGCGUCUCCUCCGAGAGGCUUCAGAGGAAGACCACAGCGACAGCUCGUGUUUCGCCUGCAUCCUGCUGAGUCACGGCGAAGAGGGCAUGAUCUACGGCACGGACGGCGCCAUGCCCAUCAAGACGGUGACCUCGCUCUUCAGGGGGGACAUGUGCAAAAGCCUGGUGGGGAAGCCCAAGCUCUUCUUCAUCCAGGCCUGCCGGGGUUCCGAAUUCGACGACGGCAUCCAGACGGAUUCGGGUCCGCCCAACGACACCCUGGAGACGGACGCCAAUCCCAGACAUAAGAUCCCCGUGGAGGCCGACUUCCUCUUUGCCUACUCCACCGUGCCAGGCUACUACUCGUGGAGGAACCCCGGGCGCGGCUCCUGGUUCGUGCAGGCGCUGUGCAACGUCCUCAACGAAUUCGGCAAGCAGCUGGAGAUCAUGCAGAUCCUGACGCGCGUCAACUACAUGGUGGCCACCAGCUUCGAGUCCUGGUCCGAGGACCCGCGCUUCAGCGAGAAGAAGCAGAUCCCCUGCGUGGUCUCCAUGCUGACCAAGGAGCUCUAUUUCAACUGAGCGCCGCCUCUUGGGGGGCCGUCCAUGCGGCGGUCCCGGAACCAUUCAGGGAUCGUUCCGGCCUGGCGGGAACAAGCGCUGCGCCUGUCCAGUGGGCCUGAAACGGAAUCUUUUUACACCGCCACUCCGCUUUCACGUGUUGAUAGUGAAACCUCUUCUGCCCCCCCCCCCACCCCCCAUCUUCUUCAGGUUUCUCUUCACAACAGUGGCGUCACGUUUCAUCGGAUCUUUGCCAGCAGGCAUCGUGAGAUAUGCAUGUUCUUCUACUCCCACUUCACUUUUAUUGCCGCCGCCAUUUUCUCGUGCCACAAAUGACCCCAACCAGAGUGUGCUUUCAAUCCUGUUCCUGCGCGUGCUGGGUCACACGAGUGCUGGGACAUGUUUUCAAAAUGAUCCCUUUCCAUUUCAAAGCGACGGUGGAUUUUCUCCGGAGCGCUCCAAUGAAACCUAGUCCAAUACCAUACGCAGUUGUAUUGAACAACAACAACUUUAUUGAAAUUCACAGCGAUGGUGUCGUCUCUCCUGAUUAUACUCUUAACUACCUCCUGAACAUUCGUUAGUUUGUUUGGUUGUCUGGGGGUUUUAUUUUCAUUCGGUGUAUAAAUGAAGCAUUUAAUAGAAUUUUUAAUUGAUCAUAUUAACACAGUUAUGGCACAAUUGGUGCCACAAUGAACACAAAAAAAAUCAUGUAACAUAUCAAGUCAAAUCAAAAAGAAAAA